CAGUGACAGCACUCCCUCUCUCUCUCUCGCUCAACAUGGUUGCAUUGUUUGUCAAUGCAUUUUAUUGAAACUACAAGACGAACAUCUCGAUUGUCUCAUUCCUCAUCAAAUAGUUAAAACCAGCAGGACAAUCGGUAGCAGUGUAGCCUGGCUGUUUUCUCCUACCUCCUCUUCAACCUCUUCUCUUCUCUCUUUCUCCUCCUUCAAAGUGUCCAUCAGUUUCAACUGUGACUGGAGAGCUUCUCGCAUAGUUCCACUGGGGUUUUCUUGUGGGGAAGAAAGAUGAGCGCCUCCAAGUUCAUCAAGUGCGUCACUGUUGGAGAUGGAGCUGUGGGCAAGACUUGCAUGCUCAUUUGCUACACCAGCAACAAGUUCCCUACUGAUUACAUACCCACAGUGUUUGAUAACUUCAGUGCAAAUGUGGCUGUGGAUGGGAACAUAGUCAACUUGGGAUUGUGGGAUACUGCAGGCCAGGAAGAUUAUAGCAGGUUGAGGCCGUUGAGCUACAGAGGAGCAGAUGUCUUCGUGUUGGCUUUUUCACUAAUUAGUAGAGCAAGCUAUGAAAAUGUUCUAAAGAAGUGGAUGCCUGAAUUAAGAAGAUUUGCACCAAAUGUUCCUGUUAUUCUUGUUGGAACAAAACUUGAUCUUCGUGAUGACAGAGGAUACGUAGCUGAUAACAUGGGAUAUAAUUUUAUUACAACUGCUCAGGGUGAAGAGCUCAGGAAGCAAAUUGGUGCUGCAGCUUAUAUUGAGUGCAGCUCUAAGACUCAACAGAAUGUCAAAGCCAUCUUUGACACAGCAAUCAAGGUGGUGCUUCAGCCUCCUCAGAGUAAGGAAGUGACAAGAACUAAAAGCCGCAGGAGGUCAGGCUCUGUGAUUGGGAGCAUUAUGUGUGGAGGCUGUGUAGUUUAAUGCAUUCCUUAUAGGAGAUCGACAUCCUACAAAUGCUUUUUGGGGCUGCCGAGGAGUUACUGAUUCCUAGAGGUUCAACCUCUGCAUGUUUAAGUAUAUGCACCGCCUGUGUUUCUCUAUAUCCUUAGCGUCGACCUCAGCUCAAAGUGCCAAUCUAAUGUACCUCGUGUUUCAACUGCUGUUCCUAAUGUAAUCUCCAUCAGCAAUGUGUCAAAAAUGCAUUCUGAAAUUCUGACUGUCGAUAACAUUCAAACUCUGGCAUCUUGGUUCUUUCUAUUUUAUCAAUGUGAACAUAUAUUUUGCGCUUCCCAUGCUGUUUGUUCUCUGGGUUUA